CAUUUUAUACAAACGUGUGUACAAUCGCUUAUAACAACUACACUAAUUUAAUAUAGAAUUUUCCCAUAUAAAAUUCAUUGCAAUAAAUAAACUACAUAUUAAAUACUAAUUAAUUAUUUAGUGUGUGUGUGUGUGUGUGUGUGUGUUUGUAUAAGUAUAUAUAUGAGGCAAAGAAGGAAGAAGAGUUGUAGAUUAUGGAGGGUGAAAAAGAAGUGUUGGAGCCUAUGAGCCCAAGUGCUCAAUACUUGAAGAGCUCUGCAUUAUCACUCACAAUCUUGGGAGUUUUGGAAAUGGAAGAAGACAUUGAUGAUUCCAAGACUAUGUCUCUCCUCAAAGAUCUCUUCUUGCCUAUAAACCCUCGUUUCACCUCGAUUAUGGUUACCGAUAAGAAAGGGGCGAGGAAAUGGAAAAAAGUAGAGGUGAAUCUCGAAGACCACGUCAACGUCCCGACAUUUCCUAGUGGCAUGUCGGUGGACUACUACGACGAAUGUUUCAACGACUAUCUGUCAAAAUUAGCGACGGAACAAUUCCCACAAGACCGGCCGUUGUGGGAGAUUCACAUACUCAAAUACCCUACCAAGAAUGCGGCCGGCAAUAUCAUAUUCAAGCUCCAUCACUCGCUAGGAGACGGCUACUCCUUGAUGGGAGCCCUCCUGUCGUGCCUCCAACGCGUCGACGAUCCGUCACUACCUCUGACAUUCCCGUCGCUGCAGUCGAGCACGGGCUCUGGAGCCCGUCGCAGUUCCUUUCUGCGACGGAUUCCUAGGGUUUUUACCGGCCUCGUUCACACGGCUUACGACUUCGGAUGGAGCCUCCUCAAGAGCACCUCGAUGAAGGACGACAAAUCGCCGAUCAGAUCGGGUGUCGACGGGGUAGAAUUCCGGCCGAUCGCGACGACCACGACGUCGUUUUCCAUCGAUCAGCUCAAGCAAAUCAAGAGCAAGCUCAACGUGACUAUUAAUGAUGUCAUUACCGGCGUGAUAAUAUUGGGAACUCGACUAUACAUGCAAAAGACUGACGAAGAAUCAUGCAAAUCAAACACAACGGCUCUAGUGUUGCUCAACACUAGGGCUAUUAGAGGUUACAAAUCAGUUGAUGAGAUGAUCAAACCUAAUUCAGACACACCAUGGGGCAACCAGUUUGCAUUCUUGCAAGUUCCUUUACCUAAAUUGACUCAAUCAAAGCUUCUAGACCCACUUGAUUUUGUCAAGAAAGCUCAUCGUAUGAUCAAGAGACAUAAGAACUCCGCCGCCGUUUACCUUACCGGCAAAUUCCUUAGUUUUAUUAGAAUGGUCAAAGGCCACGAGGCAACAGCUCGACAUAUUCAUGCAACAUUAAAAAACACAAGCUUGGCAAUGUCAAAUUUGGUUGGGCCUAUUGAACCAAUGGCAUUGGACAAUCAGCCUUGUAAAGGACUCUACUUCGCGGUUGCGGGCCCACCCCAGAGCCUAUCUGUAACAAUGAUAAGCUAUGUGGGAAAGCUGAGGAUUGCAGUGACAUCGGAGAAAGGAUUCAUUGAUCAAAAUAAAAUGAAAUCGUGUAUUGAAUAUGCGUUUGAGGUCAUCUACAAAGCUGCCAUUGAAGUUUAGGUUUUAUUGGGUGCCAUUUUUUGAGCACAACA